UUGACUACUUGGGUAGGCCAAGGAACGAAAAAAGAGAAGAAAAGGGAAAGAAACUAGACACGUGUGAGGGCAAAAGUGUAAAUUAAAACGAAGUAUCUUUGAUCAUCUCGAUUCUGUAGAGUAGUUGGGAGCAAACUGGAGAGAAGCACAAAACACAAUUAACAGAGUGAGGUCCAUAAUGUGGAAAGCAUGUUAGCGUCAUAGCAGAGGAGAAUCCAAUUUGGGAAUCGCAAACCCUAAUCGACUUACUCAUUUAGAAACAGGGGAAAAGGAAAAAUACAAAAAUAGGACUCUGCGUCUCAAAACCCAAAGGGGCCCGAAGGGGCUCUUCGCCGGAGGUGGUGGUUCGGUCGGAGCCGCCGCCGCCGCCGCCGCCACUACCUCCGGAUUCACCGAAGAUGAAGAGCCUCUUCAAGAACAAGCCUCGCACUCCCGCCGAUAUCGUUCGCCACACUAGGGAUCUUCUUCGCUCCCUCGAACGCGCUCCCGAUGUACGUGAUCCAAAGCGCGAUGACAAGAUGUCGGAGUUAUUUAAAAAUAUCAGGGAGCUGAAAUCGAUUCUUUAUGGAGACAGUGAAUCUGAACCUGUGGCAGAAGCUUGUGCGCAGUUGACUCAGGAAUUCUUCAAUGAAGACACACUGCGAGUACUUAUCAAGUGUCUCCCCAAAUUAAACUUGGAGGCUAGAAAAGAUGCUACUCAGGUGGUUGCAAAUUUACAGAGGCAACAGGUUCAGUCUAAGUUGAUUGCGUCUGAUUACUUGGAGAAAAACUUGGAUCUUAUGGAUAGUUUGAUAUCUGGCUAUGAAAACACAGACAUGGCCUUACACUAUGGUGCAAUGUUAAGGGAGUGCAUAAGACACCAGGUUGUUGCAAGAUAUGUUUUGGAUUCGCCAAAUAUGAAGAAGUUCUUUGACUACAUUCAACUGCCAAAUUUUGACGUAGCUGCAGAUGCAGCAGCAACUUUUAAGGAACUCUUGACAAGACAUAAAUCUACUGUAGCUGAGUUCCUUAACAAGAACUACGAUUGGUUUUUCGCUGAAUAUAACUCCAAGCUGUUGGAAUCUUCCAACUAUAUUACAAGGCGUCAAGCUGUGAAGUUGUUAGGAGAUAUGCUACUUGAUCGAUCAAAUUCAGUUGUAAUGACACGAUAUGUCAGCUCAAGAGACAACCUGAGGAUUUUAAUGAAUCUUUUAAGAGAGUCAAGCAAGAGCAUACAAACAGAAGCAUUUCAUGUUUUCAAGCUAUUUGUUGCAAAUCAAAAGAAACCAGCUGACAUCGUGGGCAUACUUGUUACAAACAGAAGCAAGCUUCUGAGGUUAUUGGGUGACUUAAAACUCGAUAAAGAGGACGAACAGUUUGAAGCUGACAAAGCACAAGUUAUGAAGGAAAUUGCUGCUCUGGAACCUAAGGAUCGCCCUUGAGCUUAAGAUAGUGUCAAGUGGCAGAUUGUGUUGUGGCAUUUUGCUUACUGAAAUGUCUCUUGCUAUAGUUUUUUAAGUGUCCAUCGACUUGAGACGAGCUCUUCACUCAAAUUUCAAUGAUUCCAUUCUGUAAUUUAAUUUCCAUUUUGUAAA